AUGUUCCUGUUGGCAACACAAGCCAUCCGCAAGAUCACCAACAGUGAGUACAAGAAGUAUGUCAAGAGUGUGGAGCGCCGAAACAAGAGAUUGAAGGAUGACGAGAAGCUUGAAAUACUCCGUGAAGAGGACUUUUUACAACAGCGACCAGAAUCGAAACCGGUCAUUGUGUUGAACCAGUUUGCUCGCCGUGCAGAUGUCCGGCUGAACGACUUUGUUUACCCGUUGUUAGCUGAGUGGGCAUCGGGGUUGGUGCAGAACAACAUUGCGCAUGUGAUCAUUUUGACAGCCGACAUUGGGUCUGUCCAACUUUUGAACGAUGCUUUGCCCAACCAGGUGUUUAAGGAUAUUUCGUUGUCGGAUGCAUCAAUGACAAGCUCGAAACAGUAUGUUUGUGAUGCUCUCAAGAUCAAGGACACGGGUCCUUUAGAUGCCUGUCUUAAGCCGCUCGGGGGCAGAAUGUUGGACUUGCAGUCGUUUAUCAGACGGUUGAAGUCAGGAGAGAGUCCGGAACAAGCCGUCCAUGAAAUGAUCACACAAGCGGCUGAAUUGAUCACCACUUUCUUUUUAAGCAGCCACCACAAGUUUGGGGCUGGGGACAGCACAUGGAACGCUGCUCAGGUGUGGUUGAUCAUGAAAUUGUUGACCCAGUGUGAGACAAUCAACUUCCUAGAGUUGGUGAAACUGCCAUUGUUCAAGGCCAACAAGGAGACCAUAGAGACAUUGACGACAUUGGAGAAGUAUGAUCUCAUUUCACUUCAGCGUGACAAGGGGGUGUUGUCCAAGAUCUCGACCGGAAGACCGUUGUUCAAGGCUGCGUUUGAGAAUAUCAUUGGUGACAGACGUAUCUGGCAGUUGUAUGAGACUGAUUACAUCACAGCCUUGAUUGGUGUUGAAGUGACCAAGAUCCAGAAGAUGGAGGACGAGUUGGAGAAGAUUUACAAGAUUGGCAAAGUAGACGGCAGAAUAGAGUAUUUGUCAAAGAAGAUCGAAGCAUCCAGUGCCAAGAUCGUAGAGUAUGAAAAGAAGGCGGCAGAGGUAGCGGCCGACAGCCAAUCAAAGAACACAUCGUUUCUUGGGAUAAAGUUCUAA